AUGCCUGCCGGAACAGCUCUUCAUCCCUACUAUCCCCUGGAUGCUCCAAUCCACGGAUAUGUGGCCAAUGAGACGCCUCUCCUUUCCCUGCUUACCACCGCCAGCGUCGGGGCUGCAGCCUUGCUGGGUGCCACUUUGGGCCUCGUCAGCUUUCUGCGACCGAGCUUGACCCGGGCGGAGAGGAUCGCUAUCUUGUGGUUUGUUCUCUCGGGGACUCUUCAUUGCUUCUUCGAGGGCUAUUUCAUGAUCCACCAUGACCGGAUGGCGUCGGCCCAAGACUUCUUUGGGCAAAUGUGGAAGGAAUAUGCCUUGUCCGACUCGCGAUACAUGACGUCGGACACUCUGGUGCUCUGCAUGGAGACCAUGACCGUUCUGCUCUGGGGUCCUCUGUGCCUCCUCGUGGCAUAUUCGAUUUUUACGCGGAGUUCUUUACGCCAUCCGUUACAGCUCACGGCCUGCAUGAGCCAUCUUUACGGCGACUCACUCUAUUAUGCCACGAGUCUCUACGAUCACUACGUACAUGACCGUCCGUAUAGCCGACCGGAGCCCUAUUACUUCUGGAUCUAUUACUUCCUGAUGAACUUCAUCUGGAUCGUGAAGCCGCUGGAUAUCGGUCAGCCCUUGGGGAUCUACGACACAAACUCCGUCCGGGCCAAGGUCCGCAAAUGGCAGCAACAAGGAGGAGGCGUGAUCACCGCCGAGGAGCUCUACUACGACGAGGAUGACGAGAACUCCGCCGUGGAAUCUAAUUCCAAGCCCGUCAAGGAAAAUGACUCGGUUGCAGGAUCGACCACCACCCGGAAUAGAAGCAAAAGCACUCCGCGGAAACGGGUCAUUAGUGACGAGCAUUGGAAGCUCAACCGGAAUGCCGCACGGACUCCUCCACCGAAGUUGCCGCCGCCCAAGCGCAUUGCUGAGUACACGACCAAUGACCAGCCACAGUCAUCCCCGAAAGAAACCGAUAAAGGACGAGUGUCUCUGCCGUCCCGGGGCGUGGAGAAGGAGAAGACCGGUUCAUCGGAAUUGGCGAGCAGGGAGCGAAGAAAAUCACGAGCGUCGCGGGACGUCGACUCCAUAAUUACAAGCAAGAUCGAGGAGGAGGGUGAUUCGCAUCGUGAUUCCUCGAGGGGCGCCUCGCGACCGGGGAGCGCGGACAAAGCGAAGCUGGCGUCCAAGUCCGAUCUCUCCGAGCGCACGUCGAAAAAGGAGACCACCACCGGGGAUGAUGCUGAGUGGGCAGACAGCGAUGCGGACUUUUCAGAGCUGUCCAGGCGACGAGCGAAGGGUCCGGAACAGAAUCCCUCUCCCAAGAAUCGCGCACCGCUAAAGCCCCCCAAAGGUGGCAUUUUCGGACACAUGCUAGACGAAUCGCGAAAGAUGUUCGCGAAACCGGAAUCACCUAAACCUAUCCCGAAUAAUGGGCGCGGCUCUAAGAUCGAGGCAUGGCUAUCGGGAACUUCGGACCCGUUCAUGGACAUGGAUCCGGACGUGGAAGUGCCUGCGCCUCUCAACACCAAGACCAACAGAGCCAAGCAAUCUCCAAAGAGUGAACAGAGCCGUGACCGUGCAAUGGAUACUGAUCCCGAGAGUGACUCGCGCCGGAAAAGUACGAGUAAACGACGAGUCAAGAGUAGGGAUGAUUCGACCACCAGCAGCGAGCGCGCGAAACGGAUGACCGAGGAGAUCACAAGCUCCAAAGAUUCGAAAGGGUCGCAUAGAGAUGGAUCAUCUUCUAGCGGCAGAAAGUCAACCGAACACAAGCACAGCCGAUCAUCGUCCAGCGCCAAGGACAAAACUUCUCGCGACAAACCCUCUACCGAAAAAGAAGAACCGUCGGAUGUGCAGGCUCCUUUGUCAAACGGCUCUGAGGUUUCGGGAAAUAACCCCCCUGUUCCGGUUCAUCGCAAACGGCCAAUUCCCAGCACGGGUCUUCGUCGACUGUCAACCAUCGAAUCUCUAGAUUCCUUGAGCACAAGUGAAGGAGAUCCCGAGGAGAGGGAUCAAUUCGAUCCUAACUCCCUUCCUGUAGUAUCGACUCAGCUGAAAAGGCGACUGACGACCCAUGACGAUCUCAUCUCUGUUCUUUCCUCGUCGAAUGGCAGGAGCCGAAGCAUCCGGUCUGCUCGAAGUAUCAGAUCCAACAAGAGUCGAAUAAUGAACGCGACCAUUCCGGACCUUCUCAAGGAGAUGUCGGCAGACGAGGUCAAAUAUAUGCGUGAACUCAAGACCCUGGUUGGCGGGGUGAUACCUGUGCUCUUGACCUGUGUGCUUUCGAGGUCGGACUCAGCAAUUGCGGCGGGCCUGUUCCAUCCGUCGAUGGACCCAACGGACGAGGCCAACUUCACCAAGCCUAUAGUGAACAUGGGCGUUGCUGUUGAGCGGCUGAAAACGCUGCAUAAAAGAAUCCCUGAAGAAAAUGCCGAUUCCUUGCUCACCUGGGCGCACGGAGCUCAACGCGUGUACCGUGAAUAUCUCAAGGCGUGGAGACUUGGGUUCAAGGAUGUCAUUGUUAAUCUGGCCCCCCUGGAGGAAGGAGAGGCUGCCGAGAACGCAGAUACUAAGAGUUUGGACGAAGGCAUGGCUCGAGAUGAAAACGGAGAUGUGAUCGACAGUGACGGCGAGAAGGUCGAUGUGGCAUACCUGCUUAAACGGCCUCUCGUGCGUCUCAAGUACCUCGCCAAGACCUUCAAGGGCAUCAGUAUGCUUCAGCCCUCGGAGAAGGCAGAAGAAGUGGCAACCGCGUAUCAAAGCCUAGUUACCGACGCUCGUCGUCGAGCACGCGAGGAACGAGCACGUCUGGAAGAUGAAUCUGCUGCCUGUAUUGACGCAUCUCGAGCUCGUGACCCGGCGACUUUGGGACCACUUGCAGAGGUUAAAAUCGAAAAGGGACGACGAGUGCGGGCUCGCGAUUUCUUUAACCUGUCUCUUUACCACUCCAGUGGCCAAGUCAUCGAUUGUCGCGCGGAGUUUCUACUGAGAGAUUACGACUCGGAUAAUGGAACUGGAGGUGAUCUACUCAUCUGUGAGAUCGACCACGCAGACCGAUGGCUUCUUUUCCCACCUAUGGACCUUGCAUUUGUUUCGGCUCGCAACGGGGAUGCCAAGGGAGAGCUUGUGGUUAUGCUGCGCAGUGGCCCGGGGCAUUCCAAGCCGUGGCAAGAACUUUUGAUUCUCCGGAUCGACGAAGAGGAUAUCGGGUUCGAAUGGGUCCAAAUGCUGGGCUUGAACCCCGUUCCACCUACCAUUUCCCGAAGCCAGAGUUUCAUUGAGCGGGCUAAACAGCGACAACGAGCACAGACAGUUUCAGCUAAUGAUGAUGCAUCAGCCCAGAACCCCCCCACGAGCCCUACUGGUAUGGACGUUCCAAUUGGCGAGAAGGCGAACGGCCGCUCCUUACGACGUUCCUCCCCCAGGGAGCAGUUGUCCGACCCAAGCACCGUCGGCUCUUCUCUGGCUACCGAAUCUCGAAUGUCCAUCAACACCGCAAUCACUCGGGAAUCGGACUAUUCUUUGGCAGAACCGUCGUCGGCGAAGCCUUCACCGCAAUCUCAGCCUUCCAUUCUUCACGCCAGGGACCCCCGAAAAAUUGGAACGAGUGAUGACCGGUCGCCAACAGGCCUCAAGCGGUCUAAGGCUAAGAGAGUUGCGCACAAAGACGAGGACGCCCCCCCAAGCCCAGGUUUGGCCAAGGAAACUAUCGCAGAACAUGAUCGAUCGGGAACUUCAAGUCCUUACCGGCCUGCUCCGUCAACCCCUCAUCGGCAUCCCGAGGAUUCUGGCCGUUCUGAGCAACAGACGAAGAUUCAUAAAGAGCAAUAUGCGCCUGAGACGCCAACAAGGGAUCCACCAGAAAGCUCUUCACGAGUGUCAUCUGUACCUUCCAUGGAUUUGCCUUCGAUUCCGAAAUUGAGGCAAGGUAGCAGCCAGUCAUACAUCUCAGAUUCAGUCGAAUAUCUCUCGGAUGAAGAAGAUUAUGUUCCUAUCGAGAGCCCGACAAGAAGCAAGCGCAAGGGCCAUUCUCGGUCAAACUCCGAUUCUAGUGACCAGGGCUCUGGGGAGGCACCCCCUGCACCGCCGCCACACUCUCGUUCCCCAAGCUCCACGGGAUCAAGUCUUCCAAACACUCCUAUUCUGAGCCCAGGUGGUGCGCGUCCCAGACGCCGCGGCUCUUCACCAUUGAAACAUGAAUACGAGCCUUCCACAGCAUCGGACACCUAUUCAGACUCAGACACUUCUACCGUUCGACGCUAUGAUCUGUACUCAGAAUCAGACUACUCCGCCUCCGACAGUUCUGAUGAUGAAUCCGAGGAUGAGCUCUCCUCGAUGCCUCCAGCAAAGGCACGUGAUAUGGCCAAUUUGGCGGCGCAGGACUCGCUCAUCACGUCUGCGACUAGUUCCCUUUCUCCAUCCAACUCUGUAUCUCAAGGGGGCUAUAGAACAGUACCGUCGCAGCCUGAAAAGUCCACCACUGCGCUGGCCUCUGUUUUUGCCUGGUCCGAUAAAGGCUCCUGGGAUAACGUGCUCCCCGAUGAUUGCAGGAUCAUCGUCAGUCCCGGUCUGAUCGAAGCCUAUGACAUGAAAGAUGCCGGAGUUGACGGGGAGGACAUGCCUUCUAAGAAAGUACGACCGGUGAUUGCUCUUGAAUUAACGCCUCUUGUGCCUAUCCGGCGUGGUACAGCCAUCGACAUCAGCAUCCGCUCGCCCCCGACCGAGCGGUCAAAGGUGGCCUGGAGUAACAACAUCAUGUUUCGAUCCAGGAAUGCAGAUGAGUGUGAAGCUCUUUACAGUCUCAUCAACCAUGCACGUAUCAACAAUCCUACUUAUAUCGCUCUGCAAAAUGCUCGAGGACCUCUUGCCGACCAGCCCGUCAACAUGGAGCCCCAGAAUAAAUCUGGAGGGCUGUUCGGAUGGCCGCGUCGCAGACGAAGCUACCGUGCUUCUGCCUCUCCUCGCUCCCUCGCCGACAACUCCGAGAGCAGUGUCGGUACUAUGAGUAGUGCGUUCUCGGCUCUCAAGCGUUUUGGAGCCGGGAGCAAGAUGUUUAGCAUAUCCCGAUCCUCCGUCACCUCCCGCAGUCGCAAGAACGAAGACAGCCUCUACUCAAGCUCAGCGGCGUCGAACCAUUCGCCUAACUCCGGCCUUGGCCGGAUCGCGGCAGCCAUUAAAGGCGUCGAUGGCAUUGGCCUCUCAAACGCCAAGAUUCGCCUCUACGUGCGCGAGACCCAGUCCAAGUGGCGAGACAUGGGAGCCGCAAGACUCACGAUCAUGCCUUCUACUCCCGAAGAACCUCCCCGCCCUGAGACAGCCAUGGGAGGACAGAGCGAUGCUCUCGAUGCAGGCGAAGGAGCAGACGACAGUCCACCAGGCUCCGGAUCCGCCACGCCUCGCCGCGGUGUUGAAUCCGAAAAGCGCAUUCUUGUCCAAGGCAAGACCCGAAACGAGGUCCUCCUCGACGUCUGUUUGCCCGAGAGUUCGUUCGAACGCGUGGCUAGAACUGGUAUCGCCGUUUCAGUCUGGGAAGAGACCGAAGGCGGCGCUAUGCCGAAGAAGGGUGGUGUCACUGGCGGCUUCUCUCGCAUUUACAUGAUUCAAAUGAAGAGUGAAGCCGAAGCUGCGUAUACCUUCGGUCUUGUCGGCAAGCUGCGAUACUAA